AUGAGCUGCGAUCUGGACUCGCAAAGUGACAGCUCGGAGCUGGAAAUCGACUCCAAGGUGUGGUCUCUUCGCCGACGGAUUUCGUGCAAUGGCUACACUAAGACGAUGCCCCCAAUGCAGGCCUGGCAGACACCUCCCGGAGUUUUGACAUUCGGUCCCAGGUGGGAGGCCACCAUAGCUGCCGCUGCACGCCGAUUGGCAAGACAUGGAGGGGUCUCGCCGAAGAGCUACUGGAUUCCCGCAACAGCACAGCCUGGAUCGCUGCUGCAGCGAUUUGCGCUGCGAGUGUUUCAGUUUCAUACCAAGCGCUUGGGUUUCACAUCCAAGACCGUGAAGCAACUCGGAGGCUGCGCUGGCGCCGAGUUCUGGGUGCAGCGGCGCGGUGCGGAGGUGAAGCAGGCACGCCGCGGAAUGAACUGGCAUUUUGACAAGGAUGAGGAUCUGCUGGAUGAUGUGGGCCUUUGUGUCCAUCCGCUGGUCGCCACAGCCACGUAUCUCACCGAUCAAGGUGCUCCGCUGGUGGUUCUCUCGGCGCCGACCUUGCGCCGUCAAGAAGAUGGCGCGCCCGAUGCAGAUGACCCUCCACCCAGUCCUGGGAGCGAUGCGGCGGCGUUCGUCGCAUUCCCUGCGCGAGGGCUGCACGUUGCCUUCGGUGGCGACUUGCUGCAUGGUGUCCCGGCAGAGCUGGAAUGCAAACGGGGAGAACGCUUGGCUCUCUUGGUGAAUGUCUGGCUGCACCACCGCCCCUCCGGGCUGCAGACCUGUGGCAAAUCCUCUGGCACUACGAGAGGUUCGACGAAGCCUGGCACAGCUCUGCGCGUCCGUCAUCGGCGCUGCUCAAAGGGCGGUUUGGCGAUAGCGCCAGGGAUUGCCAACUGGCAUGUUGACGGCCUGCGGAUUCCGCGUGACUUGCAUGAGGGCGUUUGGCGGAUUCAACAGAAGCAGCUCAGAGUUGUGACUCGCAAGAGGUCCGUGAUACUGGCCUCGCUUCUGAGUCGAUUCUUCACUCGCGAUGUCGACGUAGCUUCUCACCUUGGCGGCUGCGCAGCUGGAGGCUUUACUCGAGCAACGUUGCACGGUCGCAAGUUCGCGUUGUUCGGCCAGGUUACCUGUGGGGGCCGCGUCUUCUGUGGCAAGGCCGUGUCCAGCCAGUGUUUUGAAACUAUUGGGGCCGGCCUUGAGUGGGUGCUGCACGAGCAACAGUGGCUGCACUGUUGGGGCUGUGUGCAACUGGACCUUUACACUUUCGGCGCCACGUUCAUGGAGCUGUUGGGGGAAAGGAUGGCACCGCUGUCCUGGCAGCCUUUGCCAGACACGGUCUUUGGAUGGAGGCCCUGCAACCAUGCUUGCAACAGUUGCCUUCGCAUGGUGAGUGCAACUGCUGUGAAUGGAAAAGGCGGCGCUGGGGUGGACACGGUGCUGUGCAACGCCUGUAUUGCGGUCUGCGGCAAGGCAAGCUGUUGGGAGGUGGCCGCGUCGCUGCUUUGUGGCAUGUCGCUCUAUCGCGCCCUGCCCGAUGUCAUUUCCUUCGGUGCUGUCCUGAACUCGCUGGAGAAGGCGGGCGAAUGGCAGCGCUCACUGCGGCUGCUGUCAGACAUGGCAAUCGCACAGGUGAAACCCAACGUGGUAGUGUUCAACUCUGCCAUCAGUGCCUGCCAAAAGGGCAACAGCGAAGAAGCCGCGCUGGCCCUUCUGGAAACCCUGGACGCAGCCAGUGUUGAGCCGGACCUCGUGACUUUCAACGCCGUGCUGAGCGCCUGCCGCCGCUGGGCAAAGGCCCAGGAGCUGCGCAGCGACCUCCGAGAACGAGGCCUUGUUGAAGACAUCUACACCUUCAACUCGCUCCUGUCUGUUGCAGAGCGAUGUCGUCGGUGGGACUUCGCGCUGCAGUUGUUGGAGGAAAUGCCCGACGCUGACUUGGCCCCGGACGUGGUGUCAUUUAGCACGGCCAUCUCCGCCUGCGAGAAGGCCCUGCGCUGGGAGAUGGCCUUGGCCCUCUUGGAGGAAAUGAGAGUUCGGAAAGUCGCUCCAAAUGCUUUCACGUUUGGCGCAGCAGCGAGCGCUUGUGAAGCAUGCCGGCAAUGGGAGCGGGCGAUGGACCUGCUCGCGAACGCCGGCAGUUUCAAGAUCACCGCCAAUUCCAUCCUGUGUGGCGUGAUGCUGAGCACGUGCGCUCGCGGUGCACGUUGGGCCAUGGCCUUGGAAGUUCUGCAAGAGAUGCAAAGCCAGCAGAUACCCACAACGGCUGUGGCUCAGAACGCGGCGCUCGCCGCCUUGGCAGCCACGGGGGCCUGGCAGCAUUCGCUUUCCUUGUUCUCGACUGCAGAAGAGCUAAUUGACCCUGUCGGUCUUGCCGAAGUUGUCAG